CUUCAACUUUCCCCGUAGCCUGGGCGCCUAGCUCGUCCACUUUCUAGGCCUGAAGAACUGGGAAAGUCCUUGCUUCUCAAAUUCUUGUGGUCGGUGCAAUUGCUUGCCUCAAGCGUGAACGUGCGCGUUUGAAGCUGCUCACCCAUCCCAGGAGUGUUCAGCCCUCAAAGUUUAGACAUGGCCUCACGCUGGCCCGUCCGCCAGGCCAUCUGUGUCCUUGCUGUCUUGGCCGCCACCCCCCCAGCUGCCUGGGGCGCAGACACGGCCGCGUUUGUGCACCAGGACCUGCAGGCAGUGGCCUCCAGAAUCCAGGAGCUGUUCCAUUUUGUGGACCUAAUCAAGGUUGAGUCGGUCGUGGGACAGGGCCAGCUCGUCGUGAAUGGAAUCAAUGAAGUCGCGGCUCUUCUAGUUGCGGCCACGGCUCAUGUGAAGGGCCAGGAUCCGGUUGCGGAAAGCGCUGCUCAGGGCUUCUCGUCGCAGCUCAUGAGCGCGCUUCUCUCGCCGGUUCGGACACUCCUGAGGGGUAUGGAGAAGACGAGGUUCCCGCUGUCGCAGGACAGCUCGUGCAAUGCGCUCAAGCUGAUUGAGACUGCGGUUGGGGCGAUGGGGACCGCCCUUGACGAGUACGAGGCAGCGCUUCUGGAGGUUAUACCCACCGAGGCAGGCAGGGUGAAUAUGGUGAAGCAGACGCUAGGUAACAGCGUUCGGGAGUUCCUCCUCAACUGGCACGCGGACUCUCAGCAGGCGGCCAAGAUUGGGAUUCUGCUUUGCCAGAAGGACUAA